ACAAACUUUAUUUUCCUUCGAAAUGUCAUCAAAAGUUCCAAUCUUCACUCUGUCUAAUGGAGUUCUCAUGCCAAGUAUUGGUCUUGGUACCUGGCAGAUGACGGGAGAAGAAGGAAAAACAGUUAUCCGAAAUGCAGUUCUUGCCGGAUAUCGUCACAUCGACACAGCUACUCUUUAUCAAAAUGAGCAUCAAAUUGGAGACGCUUUAGCUGAAUUGUUUGCCGAAGGGAUUUUAAAACGUGAAGAUAUUUUUAUAACAACUAAAGCGUUCUGUCAUGAAGUUGCGCCUGAUGUUGUAGAAGAAGCAUUGAGAAACUCACUGAAAAGACUUCGUUUGGAUUAUGUUGAUUUGUAUCUUGCACAUAUUCCCGCAUCAACCAAAGACGAUGGAUCGUUUCGUUCUGAUGUAAAAGUUGAAGAUAUUUGGAGAGGGUUCGAGAAAGUGUAUGGUUUGGGAUUGACAAAAGCAAUUGGUGUUUCAAACUUCAAUGAAAGUCAGAUUGUCCGAAUUAUGAAUAUCCAAAAAGUUCCUAUUCACGCUUCUCAGCUUGAGCUUCAUCUCUAUUUGCCUCAAAAAGCUCACAGAGAGCUAUGCAAAAAACACAACAUCCUCAUAACAGCCUAUGCGACGUUAGGCUCUCCUGGAAGAAUGUCUGUCGUUGGUUCAAAUGGUAGACCUUUGUUUGAAAGCACUCAAAAUUCUGAAAAUGAAAUGAACGACAAACAUGUGAAGGCGCUCGCACAGAAAUACAGUAAAACUCCAGCUCAGAUUCUUCUCCGGGCUACAGUUGAAAUGGGAAUUAUAGUUAUUCCAAAAACUACGAAUCCUGAAAGAAUGAAAGAAAACAUCAACAUUUUUGAUUUCAACAUUUCAAAUGCUGAAGUAAAUCUCCUAGAAGCGCACGAGAGAACAAAACAGGAAAGACUUUUCUGGUGGCCAAACGUUGCUGAUCAUCCUGAAGAUCCAUUCGCGACACAGAGAUAACAAAUGUCCAAAAGAAAUAUAAAUACAAAUUCUACUUUUGUUUUGAACCAAAAUAAACAAUUUUCGAUCUG